AUGAAGUUCUCUCUUCCUGCCGCUCUUGCCAUCUUUUACGCAACCACUGCCCUCGCAUUUCCACAGAACAUUGCUGACGAUACCAUCCUCGCCCGAGACGACGAGGGCAUUGACAUUUCCCAUCUUGACAUAGAAGAGAUCGAACUCGCUUACGAUCCCAACGACUUUGAGAACUUGGCCGCUCGGGCAACCAUCAAGUGCUCAAACCAGGGCAAGAUCAAGCGCGUUAAGAAGGAGUACGCUGGAAAGUGUCAUCCUAACAACAGCAUCGGCACCUUAAGCGCCCAUAACUGUAAGAACCGCCAGGGGAAGUCGUAUCUCUGUGUACAAAGCCAGAAAGCUACUUGCUACACUAUCCCCGCCGCCCAGAAGAAGAAUUUCGAAAAGGGCGAGUGCUUCAUCCGCAAGUAG